AGUAGAUAUAGAAGACCUGGUAGUCUUCGUAAUUAAAGUACUAAAUGGAGAGAAAAUUUAAGGAAAUAGAAUUAAGGUAAACACAUAUAACGGCAUCAUAUUGUAGCCAUUCUAAGCAGGAUAUGAGACUAAGGAACUAAGUGUUUACGAAUGAGACAUAGAAUGAUCGGUUCAUGUAUAAGAUAUGUAAAGGUAAAUAAUAAGUAAAUAGGACCUAUUCUUAUUAAUCUAUCAUAUUCUCAAUUUAAAGGCCAGUCUUUUACCUACAGGAACCAGUACUUUACCAUUGAAACGCCAUAACCUAAGAGUUAUUGUCAUAAGAAGUUCGUCGAGUGAAGAGACUAAAGUAAUUAAGAGAACUAGAUUUACCUGAACAUAUUUGUGCAGUGACCUUCAUCAUAAAAAUCGGAGACAGUUAUAGUGACUCAGUUGCCAUCAUCUUUGUUAGAAUUUAAUCAUAUUCCUCGUGAGAGUUGUUUGCAAUACAAAAGAAUUAUAAAAUUUUGCUUGAAGUCCAAAAUUUCAAAAUGGUUGGAAAACCAAACCAGACAGACAUUCAAGACUUCACCAAAAGCGAAGCUCAGACCCGUACUAACGAAAUGGAUUUAAAAGGGCUAAUACACGACAAAGAUUACAUAGCAGAUGUUGAUAAAAAGCGGGCAAAAGAGAACGAACCCGAGGCAACAGAGAGUGACAAGAAAAAGCCAAAAACCGUUGCGGUUGCCAAACCAGAAUUAAAUAUCCUAAAUAAAUCUGUUCUACAUGACACGACACGAACAGUUUCAAACUUUUUACUUCAUUACUUGACUAAUGAACCCGUAGAAAACAUUGAGAUUGAGGCAAAACUUGGUACAUUAGUAGACCUUGACUCACAAAAUCGGUUUGAGUUUCCGGUCUUAAGUGAAACCGUAUUAAAUCCUGAAUUCAAUCUUCGUACUCGGUUUCAAAGUGAUAUGCCAGCUUCAGAGCACAAACACUUUAAUGAAUUUUUGAACAAUGCAUUUAGAGAAUCACAAAGACCGGGUCGUGUUCCAAUUGUCUAUAAGCACGUAAAGCAGGUGGACUUGUUUUAUGACUCGAAGAAUCAUGGCCAUGAUAGAGUCCGUGUAACUCGAGACCAGAAAGAUAAUCGAGUCCUGGCUUGUGUAAUGAAACGUCGAAUUGCUGACUUAUAUUUAUACUGCCCUAAUGAUGCAUUUGAUGUCCGAAUUUCCAUUAGUGAUGAAAUUCCCGUUUCUAUGCCUCCCCAAGAUACUCCCCCUUUGUUAACUAGAAUCAAGGACCGUGUUGGCUAUCAACACCAAGAUGUUAAGAUUGAUCUUACUAUGACAAUUCAAAAUGAUCCAAGAUAUGAAUCUACAAAACGCCAUGAGUUAGAAGUUGAAUUUAAUAAUACCGCUGGUUUACGUGAACGAGCUAUGCGUGCUAAAGAAGGCGCCGAGCCAUCUUGGGAUAGGAGGGUUCAGUUGUUCUUAGACAAUAUUCGUAUUCUUCGCCGUGAGAACUCAUAAAACUACAUCUAGCCUUAAAAGAUCUUUUUAUAAUACUUUAAGUCGUUCCAUUCCUUUUGAUUUGUUUUACGAAUGAUAUGCUCGUUGUUUCCUUUGGUUAAUACUUCAAAAAUUGAUUCUUGUUACAUGUCAAAUUCUGCGGUACCUUUGAGAAACGUGGCAGAAAUACAAUUCUCUAGUUCAUUUCCAGUAUACCUGGAUAUUUUCCUGACGAGCUUAAUUUAUUCCCGCGUUGCAUGGAGUCGUACAAGGUAUUCAGCUGUUUAGCAUCUGGAGUAUAAAUUAAGAAACGUGAUUUAAUUAUAAUGAUGGAUAGUACUCUCAUCGAAUUUUAAUAGAAAUUGAAGUAAAUGAUUACAGCAACAAUCAUGUCAAAAAAAAAAAAGAAAAAAACUCGAGACUUAGGGUCUGAAAUUGUAAAUUACUUAGAAGGGAAUCAGUUUUAUUAUACAUAGACAUAACGGAAUGGAAU